AUGACUUUUGAGGCAGCUACAACACAGCCCACGUCUGCUUUCCUAGCACUCCCGGCUGAACUGCGCAAUAGCAUCUACACGCUUGUACUCACACCCCCUGCCCAUACGCGCGACUCGCGUCGCAUAGCGAGUAGAGGGCUGUGUUCUGACUAUAUUUUACCUCCGCUCGAUCUCAGUCCGGCACUCCUACGAACAUGUCGGCAAAUCCACGAUGAAGCGGCGAGCAUCCUCUACGGUGCCAAUCAAUUCGCAUCGCAUCCGUCACUGCUCACUGCACUACCAUACCUCGUGAGUCCGCGACGACCAAUCACCGAGGGACCCGGCCGUUUCAUGAUCAAGCGAUGGUAUAUCCAUUUGCGCCUCGAUGUGGAUCCCAGAUUCAAUGCAGAACAGCUCGAGCAAGCAUUCUCCGGCGCUGAAGAGCUAGAAAUCGAAUUCUUCCAGCCAGCGUAUGGUUAUGGUGAUGAUAGUACUCUACGACUGUUCGAAGGGAUCCGAGGAGUAGGCACCGCAAGAGUCACUGGUGGUAGCGGGUGCGAUGCGAAAUACGCCAGAAUACUCGAAGGAAUGCUCAUGAGUCCAAAAGGCAUUGUUGCCCAAUCCUGCAGGCAGAGUUCAGGAGAGGAUGAGCGCUCAGAAAAUGGAAAUAUGACAGAGAGAUGA